GUUUCUGCAGAAAUUAAGGGGGGGGGGGGGCUAAAAAAAAAAGAAAAAAAACUCGCUGAGCGGAGAAGUGCAGCCGAGCGCGCCGCUUUCCGGGCCACGGUGACAGACUGCGAGUGCUCCACGCGGGGCGAAGGACACGCGGACGCGCCCGGCCGCGCGGGGUGGCAGUACCUCUGAGGCAUCGCGAAGGAUACAGUUUGCGCGCACGGGCUCGCGCGCAGGACGGCGCCUUGUGUCCCGCCACAGACAUGGAAGAGAGCUCGAGUUGCCCCGUGUCCCCGGUGGACAGCUCGGUCACCAGCGAGGAGGAGCUCGAGCGGCAGCAGCGGAGACCGGCCCGGAAAAGGGCCCACGGCAAGAGGGUGCCGGAGGAGUGCGGCCCCUGCGGCCCCGGGGCCCUGAAACGCGCCAGGAAGGCGAGUCCGAACCGCGCGCACUCGCUCGAGGAGCUGCAGAGCCAGCGCGUGCUGGCCAACGUGCGCGAGCGCCAGCGGACGCAGUCGCUGAACGAGGCGUUCGCGUCGUUGCGCAAGAUCAUCCCCACGCUGCCCUCGGACAAGCUGAGCAAGAUCCAGACGCUCAAGCUGGCGUCGCGCUACAUCGACUUCCUGUGCCAGGUGCUGCAGAGCGACGAGAUGGACGGCAAGAUGUCGAGCUGCAGCUACGUGGCGCACGAGAGGCUCAGCUACGCCUUCUCCGUGUGGAGGAUGGAGGGCGCGUGGUCCAUGUCCGCGAGCCACUAGCGCGCGUCGCCGUUCGGUUCGCUGAUGCCCUGUUGACUGUUGACUAGAGAGCUGUGGACCCGGGUCUCGUGGAGGAAGCGGCGCAGCUCGAGGGGAAGCUCGAGGACAGUGUGUGGCUUACUGCCUUACCGCGAUUUUACCGCACCUCGUGGAGGAAAUCAGACAAGAUGUGGACAAGCGCCCCUCCCUUGUCUCAGUCUUACACACACACACACACACACACACACACACACACUACACGACUCAUCAGGAAAUGUCUUUUCUGCAAAGUCUAUAUCGCAUCUGUGUUUUGAAACAGAAAUAUAUGUAAAUGUUUAUUUUGUACAUAUAUUAUGUAGGUGUUUAGCUUUUAAGAAGAGGGACAAAUGCAAUUUAGAAAGUAUUUGAGUUGCGCGAGAAGGAUUUUUACCGAAUACAGUAAUACUUUCCUAUUCAGUUCAGUGUAUAUUUUUGCUAAUUUAUUAAAACAAAUGUUUUUAAACAAACCGUUCAAAUCAUUGAUUUAUAUAUUGAUGAGUAUUAGCCCGCCUUUUCAAUCAAUGUCUUCCUGCUCCUCUGUGCUGUUGUACAGCGAGGAGACCCUGUAAAUAUAAAUACUGUACCCUCCUCUGCCCUACUCUGCUGUACCGUGCUGUACCGUGCUGUACCGUGCUGUACCGCGCCCUUUCACUGGUUGCUAUUGGAGACGACGCCACCGGCCGCGCGCCUGUGAACCUGCUCGCGGUUUGCGUGGCAGAUUUCGCCAUGAAUGCUGUGUACCAAGAUUGUGUGAAACUUCAA